AUGAAUUCGAUAUGGGUCAUUGUAGACCGAUUAACUAAAUCUGCUCACUUCCUACCAGUGAAGACUCAAUAUAAUGCAGAUAAACUCGCAAUACUUUAUGUGAAUGAAAUUGUAAGGCUUGAUGGUGUUCCGAUUUCGAUUAUGUCGGAUAGAGCUCCCAACUGUGAUUUUACUGCACAAAUUGAGCCAAUUGCCUCAACUGUGCCUUACAUGGUUGCGAGCGGUAAUCAUGAGCGUGAUUGGCCGGGAACAGGUUCCUUCUAUGGGAACAUGGAUUCAGGAGGAGAGUGUGGUGUCUUAGCCGAGACGAUGUUCUAUGUUCCUGCUGAGAACAGGGAUAAAUUCUGGUAUUCCACUGAUUAUGGCAUGUUUCGAUUCUGCAUAGCUGAUACAGAACACGAUUGGAGAGAGGGAACGGAGCAAUUUAACUUCAUUCAGCACUGUCUGGCAUCCGUUGAUAGACAAAAACAACCGUGGCUGAUCUUCCUUGCGCAUCGAGUAUUGGGUUAUUCUUCUGCUGAUUGGUAUGCUGAUGAAGGAUCCUUCGAGGAACCAAUGGGGAGGGAGAGUCUUCAGAAACUUUGGCAGAAGUACAAGGUUGACAUAGCCAUCUAUGGCCAUGUGCAUAACUAUGAGAGGACAUGUCCCAUUUACCAGAACAUUUGCACGAAUGAAGAGAAGCACUAUUAUAAGGGCAGCUUGAAUGGGACAAUUCAUAUAGUUGCUGGGGGCGGUGGAGCAAGCCUUGCGGACUUUACUAGCCUUCAAACCAAGUGGAGUGUCUUCAAAGACCAUGAUUAUGGAUUCGUAAAACUCACUGCAUUCGACCAUUCAAACCUUUUGUUGGAGUACAAGAAAAGCAGGGAUGGGAAUGUUUACGACUCAUUCAGAAUAUCACGGGAUUAUAGAGACAUCCUGGCCUGCACUGUGGACAGUUGCCCGAGUACAACACUGGCAUCUUGAGUUUUAAAUGCCCUUCCCUUCCUUGCACACUGAAUGUUAAUUUCACAACUUGGUCAUGCGUAGUGUGAUCUAUGCAAACAAUUGUUGGGUAAUUACAUAGUGGACACAAGUUUGUCAAGGUUAACCAUCAUGUUGCAUACAAUAUGAACAUAUAAAGCGUGUAGAUCACGACAGAUUUACUGGCAUUUAGCCAAUGCUUCACUUGGCUCUGGACAGGUGUAGAGCGCGUAGACCUUGGAUUUUUAAGUUGUAACAUAACAAUGGCUAUAUUAGGUUUAUUAGGAUGAGUUGGAUUAGUAGUAGAAAAGAGAAAA